UUUCAGCGCGCCGCAGCCCUCCAUCGCUAUCGCACAGAAGGGGUAGCCCGACUCCUCUCCGCUCUCCUCCAUUCUCCAUCGGAUUUUCUCCAUUUAUCAGCUGUUCGCGUUCACAUGACAAGCGCGCCGGGGGUAUUUUAAGGGUAGGGGAUCCCUCUUGGUGGCGACAUUACAGCAGAUGGAGAGAGCCCUCCAUCAGCCUCCUCAGCUACUGUCAGUCACAUCAAGAUUGAGCUAAUCAGUACCAUGGACCUUUAGGAGCAGUAAUGGCAACUUGCUGUACCUCUCGCUCUGAUUGGAUAGACUUGUAGCAUGCGUUCCCUACGUAAGACUGUGCUGUUAGCUCUGGUAGCAUCAGUGGUGCUGGUUUUGGCAGUGCUACAUUCCUGGCCCACUCGGGUCUACAACACUGUGGAUGUACGGUACAGACCGGGUCCUGGAGCUGAGCGGCUGCUGGAGGAGAGACUUCCUGAACCGGAUCCCAGCACUAGCACCAUCCCUUACAGAGUGAGGGAGAGUGUGGCCAGGCUUUUGGCUCGCAACGGGUGUGUUUGUGAAGGAGAGAGCAGAGGGGUCAACCUGCCCUUUGCUCAGCUCUUGUUCCCUAGAGUGUCUGCCCAUCCCCUUCACACUGCCUUCCAGGCCUCCCAGCUCAAUGAGAUGAAGAAACGGCGUGCCAAAGAGUAUCAGAGCUUCCAAAUGAGGUCGGAGACCCCUGCUGAUCUGCUGAUUGUAGCUGAAGCUAACAACCCUCUGCAGUACCCAACACAAGGUGUGGAGGUUCGGCCUCUUAAAACUAUCCUUAUACCAGGUUUGGCCUUAAAAGAGCUGCCCCGAGAUGUAUAUACUCUGAACUUUUCAGCAUCGCUGGGCACAUUUAAUGUGGCAGCAGAGGUGGAGGGGGUAAAGGUCAGGGGUGAUGGCGAGAUGCACAUGACCCUGAGCAGUACCCUUUUGCCCAUUCUGAAUCGACAGCUCCAGUUUAUCACAUAUACUAACACACUGUUCCACCCCAGCACAGCUGACACAGUGCAGUUAGACACAGAAGGACAUCAAGCUCUUUUUACCAUCAAGAUCCGUCAUGGAGUAACACCCAAACUCUACAACACAGGCUCUGAUGCAGAUAAAGAGUACAACAUCAGUGCUCUCGUGACCAUAGCAACUAAAACCUUCCUGCGCUAUGACAAGCUCCAAGAUUUAAUUAACAGCAUACGACAGUACUAUCCAACAGUUACAAUAGUGAUAGCAGAUGACAGUGAGCACCCUAAAACAGUAUCAGGCCCUUAUAUCGAACAUUACAUCAUGCCCUUUGGAAAGGGCUGGUUUGCUGGUCGUAAUCUGGCAGUCUCACAGGUUACUACCAAGUAUGUACUGUGGGUGGAUGAUGACUUUAUCUUUACUGCCAACACAAAGCUGGAGAAGCUGGUGGAUGUCCUGGAGAAAACCACACUUGACCUGGUUGGAGGAGCAGUGCGUGAAGCCACAGGCUACACUGCCACCUACAGGCAGACGAUCUCAAUUGAAGCUGGAGAGGAAGACGGGGACUGUCUGCACAUGCGGCGAGGCUUCCAUCACAUCAUCCAGGGCUUUCCUCACUGUGUUGUCACUGAUGGAGUCAUCAAUUUCUUUCUUGCCAGGACAGAUAAAGUGCAGCAGGUGGGCUUUGACCCCCGACUAGCCCGUGUUGCGCAUUUGGAGUUUUUUAUUGAUGGCCUCGGCUCCCUGCAUGUUGGGUCUUGUGAUGAUGUCAUCGUGAACCACGCCACCAAGAUCAAGCUGCCGUGGGGCCAGUCUGAAAGCGACAAAACUUACGCAAAGUUCCGUUACCCUCCUGCUUCAUCUGAUGCGACACACACCAAAAAUGGCCUCUUGUACUUCAAAAACCGCUUUCAGUGUCUAACACACAACUGAACACUCCCUGACUAUGCCUUCUUCCCUUUCUCUCAUCCUCCCUCAAACAAACACUCUCUCCCUGAGUAGCUAAAGGGGCUUGUGAAGACACUGGAAGUGUGCUGUGGAUGUACUGUAUAUGGUCCCAUGUGAGUAUAGAGGAAUCCAAAUAGGCCUCUUUUUUUUGGAAAGGAUCACAAUGUGAUAAAACAUGACUGACGGAUGAGAUGCGCAGUGAUGGCUAAUUAAGAUUUUUUUGAUACUUGAAGAUGUCGUAUUUUUGUGUCUCCUUUAGCUUUAUUUUUGUUCAGAAGAAUUCUUCAGAUACAGUUCAAACCAUUCUGUAAAUUAUGCACAGGCGUCUUUUUCUCUUCAGCCAAUCAUGUUUCAGUAUCACAUUUAAAGGGAUAGUGAGACUAAAAAUGAAUUCUGUCAUCAUUUACUCACGCGGAUGUUGUUUCAGACUUAUUAAGGAGAUGUUUAAGAAUUGUCAUUUUUGAGUGAACUAGUCCUUUAACUGAUGAGAAUACAGAAGAAGUUUCUUUUGCAACUGAAGAACGAAGAGAAGACUGUGGAGGUAAACAUUUUUAACUGAGACAUUUAGAAUUUUUAAAUCCAGUUAAAGGGAGACACCUUCUUUGGGACAUUCACAUUCAGCUCCCUGCCUGGCAUUAAUCGUGUGUGUACUUGUUUUUGUGUGUCUGUGUGUGUUUUAUUGAGGGUCAUCUCUCUGUACGUUUGCACUAAAACAAAUGGACUUCAAUUGGAGAGACCCGACCCUCUGCAUCACUAAAAGAAGGAACAGACUGAACAUCAUUAGCAAGCUAAAACCACAGACAAUCCAACAUAUCACUUUCAUUCUCUCUCUCUCUCUCUCUCUCUCUCCCUCCCACAAACACACUCCAACAGAUUUCUCAGUGAGAGAUGGAGGGAUGAUUCAUUGUACAUCACUAAAAUCUGAAUUUGAUAUGUUUCUGUUCUAAAGAGUGACUGUGCCAAAGGCUUAAUCACUGUCCUGGUAUGACUUGUUUAUUGUUUGUAUUUGAUUUUUAUUUCCUUUAUUCUGGGGUCUUUUUAAAAUUAUGUCCUAUUAUACUGAAGCAUGCAGCCUGGUUUCAAUAGCAGCCAGAUGUGAAGCAGCAAUGUCCAAUGCUGCAUUUUAUAAAUUUAGUUAGCAUUCACACAUCAUAAGCAUAUAUUCCAAAAGCACUUACUGUUUUAUUUAUAUAUUAUACUUUUAUUUAUUUAUUUAUUUUUUAUUUGAGCUGGAUUUCAUCCAAAGCCAGUUUUGGGGGGAGAAGUCCAGUCAGUGGCUUUUGCUAUGCAGAAUGGCUGAGAUAACUAACCUUACUAAAAUAAAAUUAAAAAAGCAACAUUAAUAGACUUUUCAGAGUAGAUGGCACAAAAAAAUAUUAUCAAAUAAAAUGGUUAAUAAAAUUUUAGGCUAUAUUUACAGCAGCAGUCACAAAUAUGGACACAUGAUACUUUAUUCAUUCUAAUUAUUUCCCACAUAUUAUAAAUUUUGUGAUGAAAAUGUCAAAUCUAAAAAAAAAAUCAAAAUUUAAUUCUGUACUCUAGCUUCUUUAAAGUAGUCAAAUUCUGCCCAGUAAUCCAUUAAAAACUAAUUGUUCAAACCUUUCUAUAUUUGAUAGAAAAAAAAAUAAAAAAAAAAAUGACCUGGACUGCAGCCAACUUCUGUAGAGUAAAAGCAUGUAAGAAGCCAAUUGCUGUCUAAUCCAAUGUACAGUACAGCAUCCUUGGGCAUAAUUUGAGUUAUUUUCGUCUGCAUAUUGUUUGUUUUAUGUGUGUGUGAGAGAGAGCGAUAAGUGUUUUUUAAACUAAAUUAAGUGGGCUUUACAUUGUCGCUCAUGAACAGCAUGAGGCCCUAAUGACUUUUUGCUGCAUUAUCCAUUGAACCACAAAUUCUUCAAAUAAUGUUCAACAUUAUGGCCUUGUCAAAGUGUGUGUGAGUAUGUGAUAGUUUUCCCCUACCUUUCUGUUACAUCCCGUCUAAAAAUGGUGCCAUAUAGGAGAAAAUAAGUGCAAGACUGUCCAGGAAGCCUUAAAAGAGGUUAAGGAAGUGAAAGAACACUUCAGUAUAAAAAGCACAGGUUAAAUAUAACAAGAAAUGGUGUAAAACAGAAUUGAAAACUAACUCUUGUGCACUUGUUUUGUAUCUUGUAUGCCAUGUGAUGCCCCUCAAGCAGAAAAAAAUGUAUAAAAUCCUUUUAAAUUGUUUUUUAUCGCUCCCUACCAGUCACUGAGCUUGUUUUAGUCCUGAAAAAGA